AUGACCACCAUGCAGAGGCUGCUGCAGCUGCCGGUGAGCGCCGUGAACAUGGUGAAGACGGUGCAGAACCAGGUCCAGGGGAACCAGGACGGGGACAAGAGUCCGGUGCUGACCCCCGACGGUGUCCAGCAGACGUGGUACAGCGCCCUGCAGCCGGACGAGCUGCGCCACCUCCGAUCUGGAGGCACAGGUGGUGGAGGUGGUGGAGGUGGAGGUGGUGGAGGUGGUGGAAGAGAACAGGAUGAGGGAGCAGCACUGGAUGAAGGUGGCGGCGGCAGCAUUUUUCAAAAUCAACCUUUGCGACACGACGACCUGAAGGAGAUGCUGGACAGCAACAAAGACUCACUGAAGCUGGAGGCGAUGAAACGGAUCGUGGCCAUGAUCGCCCGAGGAAAAAACGCCUCAGAUCUCUUCCCUGCUGUGGUGAAAAACGUGGCGUGUAAAAACAUAGAGGUGAAGAAGUUGGUCUAUGUUUAUCUGGUGCGUUAUGCUGAGGAGCAGCAGGAUCUCGCUCUGCUCUCCAUUUCCACGUUUCAGCGAGGAUUGAAGGAUCCAAACCAGCUGAUCAGAGCGAGCGCCCUGCGAGUCCUCUCCAGCAUCCGCGUCACGAUAAUCGUCCCGAUAAUGAUGCUGGCCAUCAAAGAAGCUGCUUCCGAUAUGUCUCCAUACGUCAGAAAGACUGCUGCUCACGCGAUUCCCAAACUCUACAGCUUGGAUCCAGAACAGAAGGACCAGCUGAUUGAAAUCAUAGAGAAACUCCUCGCUGACAAAACAACGCUGGUGGCAGGAAGUGUUGUCAUGGCUUUCGAAGAGGUGUGUCCAGAACGCAUCGACCUGAUCCACAAGAACUACAGGAAGCUGUGUAACCUCCUGAUCGAUGUGGAGGAGUGGGGGCAGGUGGUCAUCAUCAACAUGUUGACCCGCUACGCCAGAACGCAGUUCCUCAACCCAAACAUGAAUGAGACGCUGCUGGAGGAGGGAGGGGACAAGACCUUCUAUGGCUCUGAUGAUGAUGAGGAUGAAGACGAGGAGGACGACAACGAUAAGAAAGCCGAGGCUGCCACCUUAGCCAAGAGGAAACCGUAUGUGAUGGAUCCAGAUCACCGGCUUCUUCUGAGGAACACAAAGCCACUGCUGCAGAGCCGCAACGCAGCUGUGGUGAUGGCUGUGGCUCAGCUGUAUUUCCAUCUUGCCCCUAAAGCAGAGGUUGGGGUGAUCGCCAAGGCCCUGGUGCGUCUCCUGAGGAGUCACAGUGAGGUCCAAUUCGUUGUUCUCCAGAACGUGGCAACAAUGUCGAUCAAGAGAAGGGGGAUGUUUGAGCCGUACCUGAAAAGUUUCUACAUCCGCUCCACUGACCCAACCCAGAUUAAAGUCCUCAAGCUGGAGGUUCUCACUAAUUUGGCCAAUGAGACGAACAUCUCCACCAUCCUCAGGGAGUUUCAGACGUACAUUAAAAGCAUGGAUAAAGAUUUUGUGGCUGCUACGAUCCAAGCGAUCGGCCGCUGUGCUACCAACAUCGGCGAGGUGAGGGACACGUGUCUGAACGGCCUGGUGCAGCUGCUGUCCAACAGAGACGAGUUGGUUGUGGCCGAGUCGGUGGUUGUUAUCAAGAAGCUGCUGCAGAUGCAACCGGAGAAGCACAGUGACAUCAUCAAGCACAUGGCCAAGCUAACAGAUAACAUCCAGGUGCCUAUGGCAAGGGCCAGUAUCUUGUGGCUGAUUGGAGAGUACUGUGAGCACGUGCCUAAGAUCGCCCCGGAUGUCCUGAGGAAGAUGGCCAAGUCUUUUACGAAUGAGGACGACAUUGUCAAGCUGCAAAUCCUCAAUUUGGCUGCAAAGCUUUACCUCACCAACUCCAAACAGACCAAACUUUUGACGCAGUAUGUUCUCAACCUGGCCAAGUACGACCAGAACUACGACAUCCGCGAUCGGGCGCGCUUCAUUCGCCAGCUCAUUGUGCCCACAGAGAAGUGUGGGGCUCUGAGCAAGUACGCCAAGAAACUGUUCCUCGCCCUCAAACCUGCACCGAUCCUCGAGUCUCCAUUUAAAGAUCGAGACCAUUUCCAGUUGGGUUCAUUGUCCCACCUGCUGAAUGCCAAGACUGGGGGCUACCAGGAGUUGCCUGACUGGCCUGAAGCUGCCCCAGAUCCCUCCGUGCGCAACGUGGAGGUGAAGGAGUCUGUUUUUACGCUGCUUGAAAGAGUCACAACAUUAACGAGUGUGCCCGAGUGGACCAAGUGCAGCAGCCGGGAGAAGCGGAAGGAGAAGAAGGUGGACAAGCCGUUCUACUCGGACUCAGAGGGCGAGUCUGGGCCGACAGAGUCAGCGGAUAGUGAGUCGGACUCUGUCAGCGGCUCAGAGAGUGGCAGCGGCAGCGGGGUGAGCAGGUCAGGAUCAGAAAGCGAAGCCAGCGAGGAAGGCUCUGAGUCUGAGGAGGAGGAGGAUGAAGAGGAGAAAGACAAAAAGAAGAAAAAGACAGAAUUAAAGAAGCCGGUUCGAGAAAGUGAAAGUGAGCAGAGCAGUGACGAAGAAGAGAGGAAGCGUGAGAGAAAAAGCAAACCACGCAAGAGCGCCUCAGAAACAGAAUCAGAUGAGGAGGAGAGCGAGUCCGAAAGCAGCCAAUCAGAGUCUGAGGACUCUGAUUCUGAGGUAGAGGUCAAAAAGAAAAAAAAGGCAGCUGAAUCUAAACCUCCCUCCAAACCUGUCAAGAUCGAGAGCAAGAAAGAGAAGAAAGAGAUGUCGCUACUCGACCUGGACGAUUUUGAGCCUGCAUCCUCUCCUCAAGUCACGCCCAUCAACACCUUCCUGUCCAGCAGCCUUGCCACCGACCUGGAGGGCUUGUCUCUGUCCGAUAGUGUUCUCUCCCCGGCAACCAUCGCCCCCUCCAGUGAGUUGAAGAGCUACGAGCUGCUGCACCGCAUCACAGGGGAGGGUCUGUCGGUGGAGUACUGCUUCAGCCGGCAGCCCUUUAGCCCUGACGCCAACAUGGUGGCGGUGCAGGUGCAGUUCACCAACAGCGCCACGUCCGACACCAAGAACCUGCACAUGGAGGACGUGAAGCUGCAUUCUGGCAUGAGAGUGAAAGAGUUCCCGGAGAUUGAGCUGCUGCCGAUGGGUGAGACAUCCACAGCUGUUAUGGGCAUCGAUUUCUGUGACUCAACCCAAGCGGCGAACUUCCAGCUGUGCACUCACACCAGGAAAUUCUUUGUGUCUAUCCAGCCUCUGGUUGGGGAGCUGAUGAGGCCGGUCUUCCUGACUGAGAACGAAUUUAAAAAGGAGCAAGGUCAGCUGAUGGGCAUGAACGAAAUCACAGAGAGGCUGACGCUGGACAUCAAGUGCCGGAAUGAACACGCCAUCGUCCAGCAGGUGGCCACCGCCGCCAACCUCAGCAGAGUCCCCUGUGGUUCCGAUAAAGAGUGCAGGUUCGCCGGCCGCACAGUGACCAGCGGCAGCCUGGUGUUGGUCACCGUGGCGACCAAAGAGGAUGGAGCCGCCCAGCUGACGGUCAACUGCGAGAAGAUGGUGAUCGGCACCAUGCUGGUGAAGGACAUCCACCUGGCUUUGACGCAGUGA